UAUGGAGAGUGGAAGAAGUUUGCUGCUGAAGCAAAUAUAUCGUCCCCCAGCCCGUCUCAGUAUAUAUUAAAUGUGCCUGUAUGUACAUAUUAGAAACCUACAGUAGGCUAAACAUGGAGCCACAACGCUGUGCGGAGUGGCGGUGAGAAUAGACAAUUGGUCGUACAACCACAGCAACCGUCGUCAAGGAAGCGGCGUCCCGACUCUUUUUGAUGAUGGCUUUACUGUACGCAAACACACAGAGAUGUGAUGUCGGACCUGCAGCGGGAGAGAGAAGCUUUGGUUGAGGAGCAGAAGGUCAGCAGAGAAAGGGCUCGCAGACAUGUGCAGGAGACCAACCGGCGCCGCAGGGAUCUGAGGGAGAAACAGAGGCAGUGGGUUCUCCAGGAGCAAAAACGACGUGAAGAAGUUCUGCAGCAGCGCCGGCAGAAACUCCAGGCUGUGACGGAACACUUCCAGAGGGCUUACGUGCCUCCCGCACUGCGGCAAGCCCAAUGUUUACCAAGAAAUGAUACACGUUUGGAAGAUGCACUCCAGCAAAUCCGCGGUUCUGGACUGCCUUGCAACAUCAGCAGUGCCCCCACUUCCAAGCCCCCAAUCGUGUCAGCAUCCCCCCAUCGGCAGAGCCCCCCUAUCGUGCCGGAGCAGAGCAUCUGUAUCCAAAGGUGGCCUCCAAAGACGCAGGAGAAGCAACAAGAGCACAGCGGACAGGACGACAAUGUCUCCUGUUGCUCCAAGUCCAGCCUGUCCAGUCAGGACAGUUUGGAAAGCGAGGAGCCCACCGAGAGUGCCGUCCUCUGCUACACAGAAAUGCCCGCCCAAGACCUCAAAUGUCCAAAUGAUGCGUGUCCGCCGUUGAUCUUCAAGCCUGUGAUGACGCCCGUCAGCAAGUUUCCCGGAGAUGUCAACUACAACGUGCCGAGCCACAAAGAAACUUGCACCUCCAUCAACAACCUCAAUAAGUUUCCAACAGACAUGACGGGCAUGUGGAAGCACAUCAACACGCCGUUUGCAGGAAGUCCAAAGUGGCUCCAGAGCCCACAGAAUGGUGGCGAGGAAACAAGCGGCUCUAAGAUGACAUCUCUCAGACUCACCAAAGGCAUCCUUAAAGGUUUGUCCGGGGAGACACCAACCGAUUCCGCACGCUCUCACGCCAGCUGCGACAAAGCAGUUGAAUUGUUGGUGCGUGACAGCAUCGAGGUGGCCAAGGCGAGGGCAAAGAGCACCGAGUGCAAGAGCGCCGCUAAAAAGCUACGUUGGCUGGAUGAAGAAGCCCCCGGACCUGGACCCACAGAUACUCAUGUGCAGGCAUGGGCAGAUGUUGGGGUUCAAGUCAGCCUGGCGAUGCCACAGUGUGGCACCAGCAUGGGGGGCUCCCAUGUCCCCAGGCAGGAUAAUUCUGCCAGGGUUGGAGCAGGUCUCGUUUCCUCGCUGACCAUCAAGGACCUUGUCGCACAACAUGGAUCCGCCACCGGGACCCCAUUGAUGAGGACCACGGGGGAACCGUACAAGCACGAGCGCCCCAUGAGGGGUCUCCACGGUGGAGACCAGGCUGGUGUCGACCAUCGGUCCCCUGAGGAGGUUCUGCGCAAGGAGCGUCACAUGACUGGUGACGGCGGAGCAAUGACUGCACGCUUGCCACCUUCAAGUUGGAAGGCCACGCCUGUUUUUUGUCAGCUGGGCAGCAGCAGAGGCCAAGGGACUGCGUACAGAGAAAAAGCUUUGGACUGCACCCCCAAAGACCAGGACAUCUAUCAGCUCUGCCAAGACGUCCGCAGCGCCUUCAUCAGCAGUGCCGAAAAAGCUGGCACCCGUUGCCAAGGGGGGACGAGUAUGCGGGGUGUGACCAAAUCCUUUCUGGAUCAGAACCGACGAACUCCCGCUUCAAUCAACAAAAAACCUCUUGAAUCCUUCAAGGCUGCUAAUCCUGGAGGAGAGCAUCCCAAAGCAUGGUACACGGAUGUUCCAAACAAAGGUGUCAGAACCGCAACUCAGCGUUGCCCGGCCGACACACACACCUAUGCCCCAUUGGAAGACCGUGGUACUUCGGUUCCCAUGGGAACAAACAAAACACAGAGGAUGCAGCAGCAGCGUCGGCUGCCACCUCCGACGUCCAUUUCCAUGGAAGAGCAGAGCAUCUGUCAGUCUUUGGACCGACUCAACUACCAGCUGCACCGCAAAGGUGGACUUCACUGACAGACCCGACAUGCAAGAUGCAAAUCCCGAAAAGAUGCCUCAUAGUACUUAAUGCGCAGGCUUACGCUACCUUCAAAGCAUGCAUGCCUUAUGCAGGAACAGCAGAAAAACCAAAAAGCUUCUCAGAAACCUUGACAGUUUGGGGAACACUUCAAGAAAUCAAGAACACAAGAACAUCUGGAAGCGGAUAAGAUCACAGCUACCUCACCAAGCAAUGCUGCGUUCCAGAAAAGUUGAAAGGAUUUGUUAUGCUAAAAGUACACCCCCCCCCCCCCCCAAAAAAAAAAAAGCAAUGGUGGAGGCUCUGCAUGCAACUCCAAAAAAAUGAAGACCUUGCAUUUUCCCUUCUGCAAGCACCUUUUUAAAAUCCACCAUCCAUCAUGAGACUCAUGGAACAAAAAAGUCAAGUGGUAGACCCAAAAAUAAGCCUGAGGAUCCUAUUGGCUGUCAAGACACGGUACCAUCCUGGGCCUAAAUUAAGGUUGUUGCUGGUGCCAAAUGCAGUCCAGUAACCAUCAGACGCCAUCUGCCAGAAAAGGCAGACCCGUGAAGGUCAUGGCAUCCCACAGGGUUCUGGGCUAGGACCUUUAUUGUUCCGCCUUUAGGCAAUAUCAUUCACGACCGAAGACGCAUUUAUGUUUUUUUCAACCCGACUGCUCACUCCGAAAUAUGUUUUUGUCCGUCUUUUAUGGCACAAAGAGGUGAUGAUGCAAAUUUACAAUAGAAAAGCAUGUUUGAUCCAGUUUUAAUCUGAAGAAAUGACCACAAGGUGGCAGAAGUGCAUUUUAUAAAAACUUGCAUCUAUACCAUUGGAAUACAUACUGCACAGCACCAGGAAGUGAAAAGGCAUCUCACCGUGGUGCAUGAAGGAGGUUAUACAUCGAAGGGACAUUUUCAUGCAUGCACACACACAGAUCAGUUGCAAAUGUGAAAAUUGUAAAUAGCUAAUGGUGUUAUUUGCAAUCUUAACUACUUAACUAUAGUUAGGCUAAACUUAACUAUAACCCUACUAACCCUAAUUUGAAAGUUAUACUUAUGCUUGAAAUGUAUAUUUUCAUAAAGCCUUUUCUCCCCUCUUUUGUUGAGAAUUGAUAUUUUGCUGAAAGUUACCUAUGUUCUACUGCUGAUUACUAAAGAAUGGAAAAAGCUAGAAACAAACGUUUUGUUCUGAUGAAAGAUCAGAAAAGAGUGUCUAAUCUUUCUUACCAUGUCUAUACAGCUUUGGAGCAUCAUAAUCUGUGUGCCUUGAAAAAUCAGUUCAUUUGAUCCAUCUCAUCAGUUGUAUUGUUCAUUCCCAUCCAUCUCAUCAGUUGUAUCAGUGCUUCUUUCUAUUGCAGUGCACAAGGCGGAGGUAUCAUCCUGUAGUACCUUGAUAUUAUAGUGCAGUGCUCUAUUUUCCUCCCUAAGGUUUUUGACUGCAUCAUGGAUCUCAGAAAAGCUCCUCCUGAAGCUGUCAUUCUGUGAUUACAUGUUUUUGCUACAGUUUCUGAACGUUGCUAUUUCAAUUGCUGUUUCAUGACAUCCUUAAAGGUGCCACAUAAUAACAAAGGCCAACUAAGGGAAAUGUGAUAGUAUCAAAUCCUUCUCACUCAACAGCAUAUUUGGCCCUAUUUCUGAUUGUAGACCCAGAGGGCCAGUAUCAUUUUGUUUUUUGUGUGGCAUUGUUGCUAGGCAAUUGCUUUGAACUUUAGUUAGCCGAUUAGCUUGGCAUGCAAGUGGCUGUCAGCACUAGUUUGUUAUAAGGAAUCUUGACCUCCAAGUUACAGUUGAGGGUGUCAGCAAGUUGUUCUGAUCUUGUGUUUCCAAGAUGAUUCAGGAAAGCACCAUACUCAAACUACAUAAGUUUCUUUUGCCAUGUAAAUAAAACUGAGCGUGUGUGUGUAUAUGGGGGGGGGGGGUCUUCCCAG